AUGGAGCUGCAGCGGCACGGCCUGACCUCCGCGGCGCCAGGCGCCAGUGUGCACCGCUAUCUGAACGAGGCCGGAGAGAAGGAGGUCCUGCGCGUGCUGCGCGAGCAGCAUCAGCGCCACAAGCGCGUCACGUCCGACGAUGUGCGCCUCGCCGCGCGCGCCGUGGCCAGCCAGGGCGGCAGCGUGGCCAUCCCGCCGGACUUCCCGCCGUCGCGCUGGGUGCUCGAGUUCAAGCGCGUGCACGGCUUCGUGCAGUUCAACAGCUUCACGUUCGGCGCGGCGGCGCCCAGCGGCGGCCACGGGGUCUUCCGGCUGCCGGAGCGCCUCGACCUGGCCAGCGCAGGGCCAAUGCUGGUCUCGAGCAGCAGCCAGAGCAGCGGUAUCAGCAGCGAUGGCGACAAGGAGAAAACCCAAAGCAUCCACGGGGCACCGUCCGAACUCCGCAGCGACGCCAUGCACGACGAUCCCCCUCCUCCCUAUGCACCCAGUUCUCCGCCGGCGUUUGACGACGAGAGCCAAAGGGCGACGCAGCUCCAGCGCAGCUCCAGUCAGCGUCACCGCCAAAUGCUGCAGCAGCAACAGCGCCGCGCCAUGGUCGUGGACGACCGUCGUCGAGCGACGGAUGCGUGGCCUUUGAGGGAGCUUGCAGCAGCAGCAGCAGAGCACGAUCAAGAUGAGAUGCGGUCCGACUGGAGCAGAGGCAGCAUGGACAGCGAGAAUGGCACAACGACGGGGCCUAGUAACAGUCCGCGGGGCGACGACGCAAGCAACGUCCGACCAAGCAUGAACGCGAUCCCGCCGCACAUUCGACACAGCGUCAGUAUGAUGAGCAACAGCGCCGACGACACGCAGGACUCCGUCUCGAACGCGUCCUCGUCGAACGACAAGCGGGGAUACAAGCUGAGCCACACGGUACCGGCCGAGACGUGGGAGAAGGCCAUCGCGGCCGUGGAGCAGCAGGGCAUGAGUCUGCGCGCGGCCGCCAAGCUGUACGGCGUGCACUUCGCGGCUCUGCAUCGGCGCGUCAAGAAGCGUGCACAGGGCGGACAGGCCAAAGGCAGCAAUGGAUACUUCCACCCGAGCGACGAGGCCGGCAUCAUGCGCGUGGUGGUGGCCCGCGCGGAGCUGGGCGUGUUGAUGACGUUCGACGAGCUGAUGCGGCUGGUGGAGGCGGCGGCGCUGCGCAAGCUGCCGGACAUCUCGGUGGACUCUGCUCGCAAGCUUUUGACCCGGUUCCAGUCGCGCACCGAGAACUCAAUCCGGCACAUUAUUGUAGACUGGCCUCCCCCACGCCCAGCAGGUCCAGGUGAAAGUGGGAGUCAGCAGCAUCAGCCGUACCUGGAACACCCAGGCUUUGACUUCGGGCCGAAGGCUCCAGUCAUUCUCCGCUCGAGGUCGGCAGGGGCCGCAAGCAAUAGCACAGUGACUGCAGCUGCGAUGGCGGCUGCUGCACAGAAGUCACUAUUCGUGCCACCCAGUCGACUGGGUGCUCCGCCACAUACAUUAAUCGACCAGGUCCCAAACGCCGCUCCCAAUGAGGAGAGCCAAUCAUAA